GAAUGGGAUUUCAUUCUCAAUGGAAGAAGAGAAAAUGGAUGUCAUUCCACGAAGAAUGGGGCAUGGGACAGUUGGAACCCGAAUGGCCCAUUCCGAUUCCAACCCCUAUUCCCGCGAACCAAAUGAACCCUAAGAUUUAUUUGUGGGUUUAUCUACCAUAUAACCAUAAUGGGUAUCUUAAUCAUUCCACUUUAUCCAACUGCUUCCAGCCAAUUCUAUACAUGUCUAAUUGCAUUACUAACACCUUGAACCUUGUCCCACCCAGGAAAUCUCAGCUUUCGUUUAUCCCACCAGAGUUUAUCUAACCAGAUAACCAUAAUGGAUUACUCAAUCUUGGAGGUCUCUAUGUUGAAUCCAGCGAUCAGCAAUCCUCUUACAGUUUCAAGGGGUUGUGCUCGGAAGCGGAUCGAUCAUUUUGGAUUGAUUGAGACAAAGAGAUAAGUUCUGGGCUUCAAAACCACUGGUAAGAAGUUGAAGGAAUGAUGGAAGAUAAUUAUAGACGAAAGGAAGUAGAAGCCAGGGACCAUGUUUCAGUUGAAAUCGAGCACCAAAAUCAAAACGUGGAGCUUGUGGCUAAAAUAAAAAAGAAGAUAGAAACUGUAUCACCUUCUCGUUGCAUUUGCAGAGUCCCCAUGGAGCUUCGCCAGGAAGACAACGAGAAGAUAUAUACACCUCAUUUGGUCUCAAUCGGCCCUCUUCACCAUAACAAACAGGAGCUGCGAGGCAUGGAGGAGCAUAAACUGCGCUACCUACACUCACUUCUGUGUCGGAAGCCAACGCUGGAGGCAACAUUAGAUUCGUGCGUCAAAGCGAUUAAAGAGUUGGAACAAAGAGCUCGAAAAUGCUACGAAGGGGAUAUCGAGCUCAGGAUUCUCAGCAGCGAUGAGUUCGUAGAAAUGAUGAUACUUGAUGGUUGCUUUAUCAUCGAGCUCUUCCUCAAGUAUGCAAUUAAGGGACUGAGACGCAAAGGCGACCCUCUGUUCAGUAAGAAGUGGGUGCUCUCUCGUCUAAGGUGUGAUUUGCUGUUGCUCGAAAACCAGCUCCCUCUGUUUGUCCUUCGGAAUCUGUUUGAUCUCCUCCCUGUUCCAAAACAAUGUGCUCAGUCUCUCCCUGAGCUUGCCUUCCGUCUCUUCGAGAAAAUAAUCCCAGGAUAUAAACAAGCUCUUCAGAAGAAAUUCAUCGAAGAAGGCACUCACUUGCUUGACUUACUCAGGAACUGUUUGCUCCCCUCUAUCCCGAUACCGAUCCUUUCGAGGCAGCAAGACAAACCCAUCAAUGUUCACUCUGCAACUAAGCUCCGACGUAAUGGGGUUAGUUUCAAGAAAGCCUGGGAGAACAGCUUACUGGACGUGCAGUUGGUUAAUGGCGGUGUGCUUGAAAUCCCACCUGUGGACAUUAAGGAUUACACCGUGACAGAGUCCAUCUUACGGAAUCUGGUGGCGUUGGAGAAGUGUUACAAUGACGAUAGUAUGUACAUCUCUUCUUAUUGCCGGUUCAUGGGUAGCCUCAUCAACUCCCCGACGGAUGUGAGCUUACUCAGUCGAAGAGGAAUCAUCUUGAGAUCUGCUACAGGCACCGAGGAACAGGUGAUUGAUCUGUUCAAAAGUCUAAGCAAGGGGGUCGUCGUCCAUGACUUCUGCUACGCUGGGCUGUGCGAGAAGUUGAAUGCGUACAGGUGCGACGCCAGGCAAGAAUGGUGGACGAAGGUGAAGAAUGCGAACGUGAAGACUCCGAAGUCAUUUCCUCUCUUCGUCGUGAUCAUUAUUCUACUGCUACUUAUCUUCGCUGGAACUCUAUUUUCAAUACUCUCUUUUUUUCUUCGCAAGUCUUAGCCUCUUAGGAGAGAUGAGAGGGUACUGAUUUAUUUGUGGGUUUCUAGCAGAUAAAGGCAACUUUUUGCCUUUAAUAUCAAUAAAAAGUAAUAUUUUUAUA